AUGUCCCAGAAUAUUAUUAUACGAUCAUCGAGAGGUCUUUUGACAAACAAGGUCAACGAUAAAAAUAAGAUCUCCAUCCAGGCCUACAGGGACUUUUCAAAGUCAAGCAAUCAAGAACAGGUUUCCAUCCAGGGCCACAGGUACACCAAGACUCGAGGAGCAUAUGCUCAUUGUCUUUUGUAUGCUUCUAGUGUCUUCCGUCCAGGUCAAACAUCAAGGAGCCAAUAUCCAUUCAGGGCUACCAUUAUGGGCAUAUACUCACUAGAUUUAAUAUAUCUCCAGUCUCCAGCUAUCCAGGUCAAGCAUCAAGAUUCCGAUCUCCCCGCCAUGUCUCCAGCUAUCCAGGUCAAGCAUCAAGAUUCCGAUCUCCCCGCCAUGGGUACAGGUAUAACAAAAAUCGAUGAGCAAUCACACUCGGUUUUAUUUAUUUCUAGUGUUGAAUCCACCAAGAUCAUGCUUCACGGAUCCGGAUUCAUGUCUACUCAUCCACGGCAAUUAUCAGGAUCCGAUUUUCAUGAAUUGUUAUAG